CUCAUUUGUGUGCUUUCUGAGUCAGCAUUAGCUAAAUUUUCCAGAAAGCCAUCCACAAAGUACAGCCUGGGCGUUCAAGGGACGUCAUUCAUUUCCCCCAGUGACCUUGACAAGUCAGAAGCUUGAAAGCAGGGAAAUCCGGAUGUCUCAGUUGUGAAGUGGAGCAGUGUGAGCCUCAACAGAUUUCCAGAACUCUCCAUCCAGACCAGAGAUUGAGCAUCUGCCUCUCAUACUGCCAGUGGCCAUCUGGGGUGCCUCCCUGGCUCUAAGGGGUUAGCACAAUGGCCAAGGGCUUCAGCCUGGUGUUGCUUCUUGCUUCCAUCUGGACCACGAGGCUCCUGGUCCAAGGCUCUCUCCGUGUAAAAGAUCUUUCCAUCUCGCUGCCAUGCAGAAUUAUGGGGAUCACCCUUGUGAACAAAAAGGUAGGCCAGCAGCUGAAUUUCACAGAAGCCAAGGAGGCCUGCCGGCUGCUGGGAAUGACUUUGGCCAGCAGAGCCCAGGUCGAAGAGGCACUGAAGGCUGGCUUUGAGACUUGCAGCUAUGGAUGGGUCGAAGACAGAUUCUCAGUCAUCCCUCGGAUUCUCCCGAACCCCAAGUGUGGGAAGAAUGGGAUAGGCGUCCUAAUUUGGAGAGCUACAGUUAGCCAAAGGUUUGGGGCCUAUUGUCACAACUCAUCUGAUAUUUGGAUUAACUCGUGCUCUCCAGAAAUCAUCACCACCGAAGAUCCCAUAUUCAACACUCAAACUGAAAUGCACGUGACAGAUUUUAUCGCCAGUGACAGUACAUAUUCAGCAUCAUCCCCUUCCUCUACGAUUCCUGCCCUUGCUACUACUCGUGCUCUGGCUUCUACUUCUAUUCCACGGAGAAAAAAAUUGAUUUGCAUCACAGAAGUUUAUAUGGAAACUAGCACCAUGCCUAUGGAAACUGAAUCAUCUAUUGAAAAUAAAGCAUCAUUCAAGAAUGAAGUUUCUGGAUUUGGAGGCGUCCCCACUGCUCUGCUUGUGCUGGCUCUCCUCUUCUUCGGUGCCGCAGCUGGUCUUGCAUAUUGCUACAUCAAAAGGUAUGUGAAGGCCUUCCCUUUCACAAACAAAAAUCAGCAGAAGGAAAUGAUUGAAACCAAAGUAGUAAAGGAGGAGAAGGCUGAUGACAGCAACCCUAAUGAGGAAUCAAAGAAAACUGAUAAAAACCUGGAAGAGCCCAAGAGUCCACCCAAAACUACGGUGCGAUGCCUGGAAGCUGAAGUUUAGAUGAGAAAGAAGUGAGAAGACCCGCCUGAGGCUGGUUUCUUUCAUGAUAUGUAUCCUGGCCCCAGCUGGGGAAACUAUUAAUAAAAUGGCCAAAGAAUCAAAGAAGAAAGUCCAGCCUUGGUUCCUAACUGAAUCAGCUCAGGGCUACCUUAUGACUAUGGAGUUCACCAAAGAGAACUCCCUUCUUAAUGCAGUCCUUUCUGGAUCCUAUCCUCCUACCUCCAAAGCUUCCCACCGCCUUUCUAGCCUGGCUAUGUCCUAAUAAAAUCCCAUGGGAGAAAGGAAAUUUGCAAAGCACAUGGAUCUAAAACAGCUCAUCAGUACACAAUUGUAAAAAAGCCUCCAGACUGUCCAGGACCAGGUGAGGUGAGAGGCAAGGAGUCACUGAGACCAAGGCUUUGUCUGCUGACUCCAUAGCCCAGAUCCUUCCUUCAGUUCUGAAAGAGAAACACUUACACCACCUGGCAUGUCCUUCUGAACCAGGCAGGAGCAAAAGGACAGAGAAGUUUAGCACCUGAGAGCCAUGGAGAUUCCCAUGAUUUGACACCUAAACUCUGUAAAGGCAAAAUAAACAGAGAAAUAGAACGAG